UGUUCUCACUGAAAUCCUUCCAUCUUCAUCAGCAGAAGCAGCACUUGCUCUAAAUUCGACGGUGACUAAGAUAAAGAUGUCUUAAACUUUCCAUUUCGAGUUGAUUGCGAGCAGUUCUAGUUAGAGAAUUCGUUUUUGUUUUGGAUUUUGCUCAAUCUCAGAAGUCGAUAUCUGAAUUUGCAAAUUCUUUCUCGAAUCUUGCUCACUCUUAUGGCGAUCGCUUCCAUUUCUAUGCUCCGUCAUCACACCGCCGCUUUAGCCGCCACUUCAUCAUUUCCAGUCUUCGGCAAUGUUAUUCGGCGAGUCUUCAACUUCCGCUGCUUCUCAAUUGUUGCCAAACAGCAUAACCCUAACAAUGUCUCCAAUAAGCCUCCGCCAAGCAAGAAUCUACUCCGAGCUAAACAUACUUUCAAGGAUUAUUCAUCUCUUGCACCGGUUCUCUCUCCUCAAGACAAUCCUCCUCUCUCCGAAUCUCAAGCCAUCGGCACCGUUGCUGCUGCUCAAGCUAAUUUCAUGCGAGUAAUUGUUCAGACGCUUCCUUCUCAAUUUUCCGAAAGUUCGAACGACGAUUUGGAGCGUUCUGGUAGCUUGGAAAAUGAUUCCUCCGAAUCUUCUAUGGUUGGAGUUGAGUUGCUGUGCGUCGUGAAGGCUGUGCUGAAGAAGAUAAAGAGGAGAGUGUUAGUCGGAGACAAGGUGGUCGUUGGUUCCAUUGAUUGGGUGGACCGCAGGGGAAUGAUCGAGAACGUCUUCCAAAGAAAAUCGGAGAUCCUUGAUCCUCCGGUGGCUAACGUGGAUCACUUGCUUGUGCUCUUCUCCAUGGAUCAGCCGAGGUUGGAGCCGUUUACACUUACGAGGUUUCUAGUUGAAGCAGAAUCUACCGGCAUUCCACUGACGUUGGGUCUCAAUAAACUGGAACUUGUUGAUGAAGAGACAGUAGUUUCCUGGAAGUCCAGACUGCGUAGCUGGGGAUAUGAUCCCCUUUUUUGCAGUGUUCAAACCGGGACUGGACUUGAUACCCUUGCAUAUAUUUUGAGAGAUCAAACCACAGUUAUUGUGGGGCCAAGUGGAGUUGGGAAAUCAAGUCUCAUCAAUGCUCUCAGAAACAAUAAUCGUGCUGCUGAUGCUUUGGACACAGAUAAUUGGUUUGAUCCUAUUCUUGGUAGCAAGUGGUUUGAGGACCAGCGUGUUGCAGAAGUUUCAACAAGAAGUGGCAGAGGGAAGCAUACUACUCGUCAUGUUUCUCUUCUACCGUUGACGGGAGGAGGAUAUUUGGCAGACACUCCUGGUUUUAACCAGCCCAGUUUGAUGAAAAUAACCAAACAAUCUCUUGCCCAAGCCUUUCCAGAGAUUCAGAAAAUGCUUCGUGCCAGUGAACCUGCCAAGUGCUCUUUUAAUGAUUGCUUACAUCUUGGUGAACCGGGAUGCAUUAUUGAAGGAGAUUGGGAGCGAUACCAGUACUAUUUCCAACUUCUUGACGAAAUCAGAAUUAGGGAAGAAUUCCAGUUGAGAACAUUUGGAACGAAAAGGGAGGGCGAUGUAAGGAUCAAGGUUGGAGUUAUGGGUGCUCAGCAAGCAGAACCAAGGUUGGAGCUAAAGAAGCAUAGGAGACAAUCCCGUAAGAGAGUGAAUCAGUCGAUACUUGAUGAAUUGGACGAAGACGAAGACGACUUGGAGGAAACCGAUCCCAUUUUGAGGGCAAUGAAGAAUGAAAACCAAUAGAGAACAAAUCCAUCAGCUGCAUAUAAAUCCUCCCAGUGUAUAUACUUCCCUUUAUAACCCAUCUUUGACUUGACAUGUUAAAACAGUUUUUUUCAUCGGAAAUGAGCCAAGAAGAUGAUGUCUUUGCUACGGUGAUUUGAUACCAAACCAUCAAGUAAGAACUUGACUGAACUUAAGAUUUUUAACUUCUGUUCUAAAACUUUUUAAAAUUUCGUUAUGAAAUUUGUUCUAAUUUUCUA